CUAAUGGCUGCUUUUAUAGAUGUGGUUUUGUCCCUUCCCUAUAUUGGAACUGAUGGAAACUAUAUUUAUUUAUUCAGCAUAUCCAAACAGAAUCCAAACUGGUGCUAAUGUACAGAAUAUAGAUUGGCGAGAACGACUGGCGAUGCAACAUGUAAAAUCCAUUUUUUCGAAGGAGGUCAUUGACACCAUUAAAGCAAGCAUAGAUGACAUGGCACCAUGGAGCCUUGAUUUUGUUAGGAAAAACUCUUUGUCUUCUUCAUGGAAAGUUGUGGGGAUGGAGAAAUCUGACCAGAAUAAUGCUACUUUUACAGAGCCAAACCAAAUAGUUACAAACAUAGAACGAGAAACUCCUCGAGUCAAACCAAGAAUUGUUGCUAUAGAUGAUAAUGCUCAACUUCUUGAUACACCUGAAAAACUAGCCCGAAGGCGAUUGAGAGAAAAAAGGCGUGAAAAACAGGCAGAUGAGUUAGUUCACCAAGAUGACGGAGCAAUUGUUAAGCUAGAAAAUGCUGCCAUUGAACGCUCAAAAGCUGUUGACUCUUCAGUCUUGGGUAAGUACAGCAUAUGGAGGAAAGAAAAUGAGAAUGAGAACUCUGAUUCAACAGUACGCUUGAUGCGAGAUCAAAUGAUUAUGGCUAGGGUAUAUGCAAACAUUGCAAAGAUGAAAAACAAGCUUAACCUAUACCAGGAGCUUUUGGCAAGGCUCAAAGAAAGCCAACAUGCCCUUGGAGAGGCCAAUGCUGAUGCAGAUCUGAGCCGCAGUGCACCUGAGAAAAUCAAAGCCAUGGGUCAAGUCCUGUCUAAAGUACGAGAUCAGCUCUAUGACUGCAAAUUGGUAACUGGAAAGCUGAGAGCAAUGCUUCAAUCAGCUGAUGAACAGGUGAGGAGCUUGAAGAAGCAGAGCACAUUCCUAAGCCAAUUAGCAGCAAAGACAAUUCCGAAUGGGAUCCACUGCCUGUCAAUGCGUUUAACGAUAGGCUACUAUCUCCUUCCACCUGAGAAGAGAAAGUUCCCGAGGAGUGAGAAUUUGGAAAAUCCAAAACUUCACCACUAUGCUCUUUUCUCUGACAAUGUCCUAGCUGCAUCAGUUGUUGUCAACUCAACCAUCAUGAAUGCCAAGGAACCUGAGAAGCACGUAUUCCAUCUGGUGACUGAUAAGCUGAACUUUGGAGCCAUGAAUAUGUGGUUUCUGUUGAACCCACCUGGAAAAGCCACCAUCCAUGUUGAAAAUGUUGAUGACUUCAAAUGGUUGAACUCAUCCUACUGUCCAGUUCUCCGUCAACUUGAGUCGGCUGCCAUGAAACAGUACUAUUUCCAGGCAGCUCAUCCGACAACUAUCUCAGCUGGUUCUUCAAAUCUGAAAUACAGGAAUCCAAAAUAUCUUUCCAUGCUGAACCACCUGAGAUUCUACCUUCCACAAGUUUAUCCCAAGUUGGAUAAGAUCCUUUUUCUCGAUGAUGACAUUGUUGUCCAGAAAGACUUGACUGGGUUGUGGUCAGUGGAUCUCCGUGGGAAAGUAAAUGGAGCAGUUGAAACCUGUGGUGAAAGCUUUCACCGCUUUGACAAGUAUCUCAAUUUCUCUAAUCCCCAUAUUGCGAGGAACUUCGAUCCUAACGCAUGUGGGUGGGCAUAUGGGAUGAAUAUUUUUGAUCUGAAGGAAUGGAAGAAGAGGGAUAUAACUGGGAUCUACCACAAGUGGCAGAAUAUGAAUGAAAAUAGGGAGCUGUGGAAGCUUGGAACAUUGCCCCCAGGUUUGAUUACGUUCUAUCGGUUGAUACAUCCACUGAACAAAUCAUGGCAUGUGCUUGGGCUAGGGUAUAACCCAAGCAUUGCUCGUAGAGAGAUUGAUAAUGCAGCGGUUAUCCACUAUAAUGGGAACAUGAAGCCAUGGCUAGAGCUGGCCAUGACCAAGUAUAGAUCAUAUUGGACAAAGUAUAUUAAGUAUGACCAUCCAUACAUAUACAGCUGCAAGCUCCUUGAAUGAUUGGAGAGAUGGAGGAAGCCAAAUGGGUUACAUAGUAAACACACCAGCGAGACACCUAUCUCUUGCUCCAACGAAAGAUCUGUUGGAUUGAAAUGCAUGAACGAGAGCAUGUCUGCUGUCUAUCUUCUAUGCUGCACAUAUUUGUUCACCUUACUCCAUAGUUAUUCUUCUACUGUUAAAUUCACAUUUAUUCAUUUUCCUAGUAAGAAAUUGAUGGUGUCUUCUCCGGAGCAGAGUGAACAGUUUGUGCUUAGCCCCAUUAUACUUUCCUAUUCGGGUAAUUUGGCUUGGACUAAAAAUCACUGUGUUGGGAGUCC